GCAAUACCUAUAUUAGGUACUCGUAUACUAAAGUAUAGUUUUUAUUCCCAAUAUUUUUACAGAUGACCAUUCGCUGGGGUAUCGUUACUGCUGGAAAGAUCAGCAAUGACUUCGUCAACGCAUUCAAUACUUAUCCCGAUAAAGGCGACCAAGUCAUCGUCGCAGUAGCGGCUCGUAAUAAGGAUAGGGCUGCAGAGUUUGCAAAAAUCCACAACAUCGAAAAAGUUUUUGACUCAUAUCAACUAUUAGCGGUCUGUGAUGACAUUGAUGUUGCAUAUAUAGGAGCACUCAAUCCCGACCAUUAUGAGCUGACCAAGAUGUUUCUAGAAAACGGAAAGCAUGUGCUUUGUGAAAAGCCAAUGUGUUUGAACUACAAGCAAGUAGCCAGUUUGGUUAAAAUAGCAAAGAGUAAGAAACUCUUCUUGAUGGAGGCGGUAUGGUCACGAUUUGCCCCUGCAUACCUAGCUUUAGAGGAAGACAUAAAGUCUGGGAAACUUGGUGAAGUUAAAUUCGUUGAAGUCAACUUCGGCGUGCCUAUAGAAAAAUCGGAAAGAGUAAGUAAAAAGGAACUCGGCGGUAGCGCUCUUUUGGACAUAGGCAUAUACACACUGCAGUUCGCUCAAUUCAUUUUUAAAGACAAGCCUAAGAAAGUCACAGCAGUUGGAGAUUUAAACGAGGAUGGCGUGGAUGAGGUCGAUACUGUCAUUUUAGAGUAUGAUGGAGGCAGGCGCGCUGUCCUUAAUAUGCAUACUAAAGUCAAGUUGUGGAACAAAGCUACCGUCGUUGGAACUAAAGGCCGGGCUACGGUUCAAGAGCCCUUCCACUUUCCUAAUACAUUGAUUGAUGUUGACGGAAAGGAGAAACAAUUUUCACUACAUACAUCAAGCCUGCCAUACAACUUUGCAAACAGUGCUGGACUAGUUUACCAAGCCCUCGAAGUUGAAAGAUGCAUACGAGAAGGUUUACUGGAGUCGCCUCGCAUGACACAUAAUGACAGCCUUAUUCUGGCAAAACUGGAAGAUACUAUUCGAAAACAAGUGGGCGUUCAUUACGAUGCCGAUGAUCAAGAAUACCCUUAGUUUGAAUUCUUUGCUAGCUUACAAAUGGGGUCGAGUGAUUGAAAUAAAACCUUUGUAUAUUUGUAAGAAGUAAUUUUUUAAUAAUACAUUGGUUUAAAAUUACUGGAACAUUAUUGCAAAGUCAUAGAUAUAAUAAUAUUAUACAUAUGUUGUGUAUCAGUUCUAAUCUGCUAAAUCGUAUUGUCUAAAGUACCGACCUACUAAACAUAUAAAAAUAUUCAACGGUC